GACAGCAUUGGUGGCGGCACCGGAGCAGCGCGGGAGGAUGCGGCUCGUCCCUAUUCGGCACUUCCGGCGGCGGGGCACUUCACUUCCGGCUGCGGGGACUUCACUUCCGGCGGCGGGACGGUGCCAUGGGGAGCCGCGGGCAGGUUUUGAAGCUUUUUAAGUUGUUACACAGGACACGGCAAGAAGUUUUUAAAAAUGAUACCAAAGCCCUCGAAGCUGCAAGACAAAAGAUAAAUGAAGAAUUCAGAAAUAACCGAGAUGAGACAUCUGAAGAGAAGAUUAAUGAGCUUCUUAAAAUAGCUUCAGAUGUUGAAGUGAUUCUCAGAACUUCUGUUAUUCAGGCGGUUCACACAGAUUCUGACAAAAUAGUACUCAUACCCAGGAAAGAUCUGCUACAGGACAACACUCCCUACUUAGAUAAACCAACAAAAAAGCAAGAAUCCUGAGGAAAUACUGUUACCAGGAAAAAAAAGACUGAAAUCAACUCACUGAUUUUAUUGAGUUGCUGGGAUAUGAUCAUGCAGUUUUUCUGUGGAAGGUAGUAAUGCUUUAACCGAACUUAGAAGUACACUCAUGAAUUGUGUUACUUCAGUCAGGAACGUUUCUGAUUAUGACAGCUCUCAGACAGAGAUCGUUUCCCAGCAAUCCAGAGUUUUUCAAAGCUAUACAAAAAUUAAAUAGAGUACUUAAUACUGAUAAUAUUUAAGUUUACUGUCAAUCAUAAGCUUCUUUGGAGUAAUGAAAAAUCAUCUUGUGGCAAUUAAUGUUAAAUUUAUGCUUUGUACCAAGAGCAUGAUUUCUGAAGUUGUCAUUCAUUGUACACUAGUAUACUGUGAUGCUUGAGAGCAUUCUUGAAGGUUUAUCUGAAUAAAUUAUUUGUAUUUUACAGA